AUGAGUUGGAAAUAUAAAGCAUUUACAUUAAAAGAUGCAAAAUUAUCUGGAUUGGGGUUGUAUACUUACCUCAUUGUGCUUCUGGUCAAGUGCGCGUGCAUCAAGAGAAAUCUCUACAACAAUUAUCCCAUUGUGCUUUUACCAGAUGGCAGAGAAACCACUAUCCAUGUUUUAAAGGAUAUUACUAAAAGGUACUACUUUACUUUAAGAGAAAAUUCUCCACACUUCUCAAUUGCCGUGACUCCAUGUGAUGUACCAAUUGAGUGGAAUAUUUUACAUUACAAAACUGCACUUGGAUCCCUUGGGAAAAUUCCAGAUGAUUUUGGACCUGUUGAUGACCUGAAGACUCAGUCUCAAUAUAAAGAUGUGACAACCCUUUUCCAUUACAAAGGCAACUCUGUUGAGACGUAUGUGGGUACAUUUUCCAAUCCUUCUUUCUUUAUGCUGGAAUUCCUAUCAUCUGAGAGAGAUACUCACAUUACAGUGUACUUAACCACGGAUCUAAUGCAUGGAAAUCGUUUUCCUGAGUUGCCCUUUGACCCGCGCAUUGAGGUCACAGCAGUCAGCCAUAAUUCUGCGUCUUUGGUUUGGAAGUCAAGUCCAUCUGCCCUGAAAUCAAGAGAAAAUAUUGAAUAUUGUCUUUUAGUCAAUGAAAAACAUAAUUAUAAAAGUUUGUGUGCAGCUGACACAGCUGUCCGAUCUGCUGGAGGGAAAUGGGGACAACAGUCAACUUUUCCUAUCUCAUCAUAUUCUCAAGAAACUCAAAGUGUUAUGGUUUUGUCAAACAGAGAGUUUAGUAUUGUCCACAAGACUAAUAAUGCAGAUGUCAGACAGAUCUGCAUUGGCAACAGAAAUACUUACACAGUGUUCAACCUCAGCUCUAACACUCAGUAUUACUUUGAUGUUUUUGUUGUGAACCUCAAUACCAAUGCUAGUGCUGCAUACACAGGAAGUUUUGCAAAAACAUUGGCUGAACCAAAACCAAAACUCAUCCAAAUGAAAGAUGGAAAGAUUGUUCGACUUUCAUUUGAUGGAAUCAGACAAAAAAGUUAUAGCCUUGAGUAUCAAGGAAUGCAUAAAAAGGUACAAUUCACAUUCCAAACAUGCAGAGGACAAAUAAGAGCUCAAAUAUUGAAAAAUGGUAAAAUACUAGUUUCUGAAACGAUUGAAAACCUAAGGCAUAUUAUACUCAAAGGUAAAGUGAUGGAUAAAUAUGUAGUUGUACUGAAAUCAGCUCAGAGGUACCCAUCUUCUAUUAUGGUCCAAGCUUCCUCUUAUAUCCACAAGUCUCUUUUCCCUUUGUUUCCUGAUAAUUUAAAAAUUAAAUCUUUCAACAAACUGAGAACAUGUGAUUCUAUCACCAUAGCCUGGCUUGGUACACAAGAACGUAGCAUGUAUUGUGUUUACAAGAAGAAAAUUGAAGAAGACCAGAUUUGGAGUGACAUGUCAAAUGUUGACAAAUGUUUAGGUCCAGAGUCUCGUCCAAAAUCAGAGAAGGUUUCAUGCAAAUACUUCCAUGAUGUUAAUCUCCAAAAAGCUGUGGCCACAGAAACCAUCAAUGGUUUAGAGAAAGGUGUCUCAUACAUGUUAGAUGUGUAUCUCAUGGGAUCUUCAGGGACAUUACUAAGAUAUCAGGGCAAAGUGGUUAAGACAAGAAAAAAAUGUUGACAAAUAAGCCAGGUUCUUUUUCAUACUGUACAAGUAAUAAAUUAUAGGAAAGUAACAUAAAAGAAUGCUGCAUAUUGUAGGUAAAGGAAAAUGUAUUAUUUGGCCUGGGCUGGCAUUAUUUAAAGCAUGUAAUAUAUUAUUUAUAAUGUGUUAUUGUCUUCUUUUUUUGUGUACCAGUUAAAUGUCAGAUCUAUAUUUACUUACCAAUCUUAAUGUUAACAAACAAAUGUUGUUGUUUAGUAUUUUUCAUACUAAAAGCACAGAUUUCUGAUUUAAAGAUUUUUCACUGAGAAACUGCCAAAAUAUUUCUGUGACUCCACUUUAGAAAAUAUCCCAAAAAAAAAUAUAUAUAUAUAAUGCACAAAUUGUCAAGUUUCAGUACAUGAGCAAUAUUAUCUUUAUAGUUCUUACAAUAAACUUUGCUACAUUGA